GACUCGACUGAUGUAAACAAAACACAGGAACAGCUGAGAGGAGGCGCUGCUUGGGGAAGGAGCAUCAAUAAAACGCCAUUUUCCGCGGGUCUAUCCACUGUGCAGGGGUUUUAUACGUUUAUAUUUCUUCUUCGCGUUACGUUCACUUAGUCAUUAUGAAUAACCAAGUCAAACCAUUCAGGGAAAGGAGGAGUUUCGCCCAGAGACAGCGAGAUGUGGAGCAGAUACGAGAGCAGCACCCCAACAAGGUUCCUGUGAUUAUUGAGCGGUAUCCUGGGGAGAGGCACCUUCCUCUCCUUGACAAGACCAAGUUCCUUGUGCCAGAUCAUGUGACAAUGGGGGAGCUUGUCAAGAUCCUAAGGCGUCGUCUACAGUUGCACCCAACCCAAGCCUUCUUCCUCCUGAUUAAUCAGCGUGCUUUAGCUAGUGUCUCAAAUACUUUGGCUCAGGUAUACGAACACCACCACCAUGAGGAUGGAUUCCUCUACAUGGUGUAUGCUUCUCAGGAGGUGUUUGGUCAAUGAUGCUCGUGAUGCAAGUUGGAUGAUCAUCCAUGCUUUUUCGGAUUGGAGAAUGAACUGUUAGUUUCCAUAGGAGGUCCAGACACUUAAUUAUCAGAGUGAAUGGACUGAGAAAAUGGACAGUGAUUUUUUUUUUUCUCCUUGUGUAGGAUUACGGCAACACUACAUGAUACUGUGUGUGUAUAAAAUCUUCAGCAUGUGAGUGAUUUGAAGGAUAUACUGUCUAUGAGUGUUAGUGAAUGGUAUCCAUGGGUUAGCGAUUAGAGAACUGUAGUUCUUAAUAAAUGAAGAAGAAAGUGGUUUUGAAAUGAUGUUACACAAGGAAUUUCUCAAGUGCACUUGUGUCAUAAUAAACAUUUUUGAAGAUUGGUGCAUUUAGUAAUUGUAACUCUUAUGAAUAUUUAUUUUUGUCUUUAUUUUACCUCAUGGUAUAUUCCCAUAUCUAAUUUAUGUACAAGCUGCAGAUAUACUUGUAAUGUAUAGUUAUUGGAAAUGUUAUAAAAUUUCAACUAAACUUAAGCUCCAAAUGAAAAAGAAAUAUUUUAUACUUGAUUAGUUCUAACUGCCUAACUAUUACAAUGACAGCUAGCUUAUGGUGGUUUAAUACACAUCUUUUUCCAUCGCUUCAUUCUUUAUUACAUUAAGUUGACAAAAAUAUUAACUUACAUUCACCACAUUUCUCCCCCCCCCCCCCAUCAAGCCUAUUGCUUCACAUUCAUUAUUAUUUUGCAGCAGUUAGCACCAGGUUUUAUGACCUUUGCUCUGGUUGCUGUCAUUUAUUUUCAGAGAUGACAGGUCACAGAAAGUCAGUAAAUGUAAUUUUUGCCAGCUUCUCUCCAUUCUCUAAGAAAAC